UUCAAUUCGGUCUCUUUCACCCUAAGCUCGAAUCCAAGAUGGGUCGUGUCAGGACUAAAACAAUCAAGAAGGCGGCGCGUGUAAUUAUUGAGAAAUAUUACACUCGCCUGACACUUGAUUUUCACACCAAUAAGAGAGUUUGUGAAGAAAUAGCCAUCAUUCCGAGCAAGAAGCUACGAAACAAGAUUGCUGGGUUUGUGACCCAUCUUAUGAGGCGUAUUCAGCGUGGUCCAGUCAGGGGUAUAUCAAUUAAGCUUCAAGAAGAGGAGCGAGAAAGGAGAGACAACUUUGUGCCAGAUGUAUCCGCUCUCGAACAAGACAUCAUUGAAGUGGACUCUGAUACAAAGGAGAUGUUGAAAGUUUUGGAUUUUGGCAGUAUUACCAAUCUGCAAGUGACACAGCCAAUCACACCUGGUGUGAGUUUCAGGGGACCCAGAACGUAAUAUUGAGUGAAUUCUUCUAAUGUAUUUCCAUCAGUAAAAGGAUUAAAAGUGAAUCUCACAUUGGCAGUGUAAA